UUUUUUCCUCCAUAUUUGCUAGCAGCACUAUGGCUCCUCGUAAGGGAGGCAAGGACGGUAAGCAGAAGCCCAAGUCCACCAUCAAUGAAGUUAUAACGAAGGAGUGCACCAUCAACUUGCACAAGAGGGUCUUCGGAAUUGGUUUCAAGAAGAGGGCCCCUCGUGCUAUCAAUGAGAUCCGUAGAUUUGCUGAGAAGAUGAUGGGUACCAAUGAUGUCCGUAUUGAGGCUCGGCUUAACAAACACAUCUGGUCCAAAGGCAUCCGGAGCGUUCCAUACAGAGUUCGUGUUCGUCUGGCGAGAAAGCGUAACGAGGAUGAGGACUCUGUCCACAGGCUGUACACACUUGUCACAUACGUGCCCUGCACUUCCUUUAAAGGAUCCCAUACAUUGAAUGUUGACAAUGACUCCUAGAUGAGCGAUUUAUAUGUACAGCAAAGAAAAAUAAAGAAAAAAAAACUA